AUGUUGAGAAUUCAGUCCUGGUAAACCAGCCAACUGUCUUAAAAGGCAAAUGAUUGAGAAACAUGUACUCAAAAUUGUUCGCCGAGCCUCAUUCACUUUUUUCUCAUCGCCAUGAAUCCUCAAUCCUGGUCAGUAGCCUCUGACGAUUACCUCCGUUACGUGGAGGCGAGCACGGUUUAUUAUGCUGAGAAAAGUGUUGAAUUCGCACAGUUGGAUUCCCGGACGGACAUAAAGAUUCUCGAUGUCGCGUGUGGCACCGGCGUGGUGGCAGCCGCUAUUGUUAAAACACUGUCGCCCACCGUCUCUGUGAUAUCCACCGACUAUGCUUCAGGAAUGGUUGAUAUUGUUAACAGUAAGGCGGAGAAACUAGGCUGGAAGAAUGUCAAGGCUGAAGUCAUGGAUGGCAUGGACCUCCCGCUGUCUGAAGCAUCCAUCGAUGCCGUGUUCUGUGUGUUCGGCGUCAUGCUUAUGCCAGACGGCGCAAAGGCCCUCUCGCAGUUCCAUCGUGUCCUCGUACCGGGUCGAAAGGCAGUUUACACCACUUGGGGAUCACAGGAACUACUACGUUCGUUAUGGAUUGCCAAAGCCAAGACGCAGGGUGAAGAACCUAAAGAAAUACCAUGGGUCCGCAGCUGGGCAGAUUUGGAGUUCUGUAAAGAACAAUUACACGAAGCUGGGUUUCAGAAAGUCAGCGGUGUGGUGUGCAGCGGAGAAAUGACCACAGAAGCAGAGAACCUGGACGAGUUUAUUGCAAGCCUGACUCGCAACCCUGGUAUUCGCAGUUUUUUUUUGAAAGACUUGAGCAACGAUCAGAUUAAUACUUUUAAGAAAGAUGUACGCGCCGUCAUUAUUGAAAAAUAUGGCGAGCAAGAUGUGUACAAGUUCAAGGCGGAUGCGAAUAUCGUCUUGGGUGUUAAAUAGCGUGUGCCGAUGAACUCACUUUCUAACAUAAGAUUAUUUGCCAAUGUAUAUGAAUUACCUGUGAAAAUAUGAUUUAAUGCAUACCUAGGAUAUUCUAUAUCUGUGUGAAAUAAACCAACCUGAUAAACCUGUUGCCUGCAUAGC